UUUUCUACUCAAGAGAUGUAUUAUCUUUCAAGCUGCAUAGGUCAACAGGUCCUGGUGAUAUUAAUUUCACCUUUAUAUUUUUCUGUAAACAGGGAUCCAUUUUAGAAAAACUUGGCAUCCAGAAUAAGUACAGAUUCUUGCACAGGGUCGCUAGCCUAAUGCUAUCCAAGAGGAGCUCAACACUGACGAUCAAGGACUUUGAUUUUGAUGGCGUUCCGGUCAGAGUGUAUUGGCCCAAAACGACUCCUUCUGGGAAGAGAAGAGGAGUGGUUGUCAUUCCUGGAGGUGCUGCCAUUAUCGGAAAUAUAUGGAUAGAAGAACCACUAUGCCGCUUAAUUUCCCAGGAGACUGAUUCCGUCACUGUGAACAUUGCGUUUCGUUUGGCCCCAGAGCAUCCCUUCCCGAUCCCAGUCAUGGAUUGCUGCAAGGCUACCGCGCACUUCUUGAAAAAUGCCGCAGAAUUCGGAGUGGACCCGAAUCGCAUCACUAUCUUGGGAGAAUGUAGCGGAGGGACAUUUGCUACCGUCGUUUGUCAACAGUUGGCGGCCAGGCCGGAUCUCCCAAAGCUUUGUGCUCAGGUCCUAAUCUAUUCCUAUUUCCAGGCCAUUGAUUUCAACUUGCCUUCAUAUCAGCAGAACCAGAGAGUCCCCAUGUUGUUCAAGAAAAGGGCCUUGCAGCUCGGCACAUUGUAUUUGACGGGAAAGAGGUUCAACGUGGAGGACGUCAUGAGGAACGCUCACCUCCCCAAACACGUCUGGAUGAAAUACAGGAAGUGGGUCAGUCCCGACCUCAUCCCAGAGAGAUUCAAGGGCCGGGGUUAUGUGCCCAUGGAGUGGCCUGAGUUUAUCCCAGAACUUUACGAACAAUGCAAAGAAGUAACCAACCCCAUGUUUUCCCCGCUGUUGGCAGAGGAUGACAUGAUCCGACAGCUCCCCAAGACUUUCCUUCUGACCUGCGAGUACGAUGUUUUCCGAGACGACGGGCUCUUGUACAAGAAGCGGCUGGAGGACAACGGCGUCCCAGUGACGUGGUAUCACAUUGAGGACGGAUUCCACAGCAUAACGGCUGUCAGUGGCAUUCCGCUCCUGGAAUACCCAACUCAGAAAAUCCAUUUACGACAUGUGACUGAUUUCAUUAACAGUAUAUAAGGCACAUGUUCUAUUUUUGCUUUCUGUGAGUUUUUCGGGCUGUAGGGUCACGUUCCAGCAAAAUUCUCUCCUUUGUUGCUUUCCCAAAUGUUAACUUCCGCUUUAGAUAGAUGGAGUAAGUAGACUGAUUGUCUCAAUUACGGUAAAUAUAUAUACUGUAUAUCCACAAACACUUCCUCUCUCCUGUGUGACUCAGUGUGAGUAUCUGCUUAUGUUGUAUGUGAUACACCCUGCAAGAUCAAAUACUCAGCCCAAACCCUGUGGGGACAACGAUCAGGAAGAAGGAGGUCAACCUUAUAGGGACAGGCUUUCAGAGGAAGUCGAUCAAUAAUAAUAAAUAAUAACAAAACCUUAUUUAUACCCCGCCACCAUGGGGCGGCUCACAUGGGACAACAUAAUUCACAGAAUUAACGACAUAAAUACAUUUGCACAAUAUACACAAGUGAAAACACAAUAAAGGUAAUAACCAUGAGUUAAUACAACAAUAAUAAUCUCAAACAACCACCAAUACAAUUCUAUCAACUUCAUAGGUGGAGGAUCAAUCCGGUGAGGAUAAGCAUCAAGGAAAGAAAUUAGCAUUUUUAAAAUUGGAUAUAUACAAAGCAUUUGAUACAAUAAAUCAUGAAUUUCUACGGGAGACAAUGAUUAAAUUUGGAAUAGGAAAUGUAAGGAUAGAAGGCUUUAAAUUUGAUGGUGUGGAAAUUAGGCUGAAUACUUAUGCAGAUGACAUUAUGAUAAUUUUAUCCCAUCCUUUAAUAGGAAUUAGAGAAUUAAAAAUUAUACUAACAGAUUUUGAAAAAUCUGAAAAGGAUUGGGGGUAAACAUAAAGAAAUCAAAAAUUAUGUAUUUAGAUGUAAACAAAAAAAGAGAGAAAUAGAUAAUAUAACAGAAAUGGGUAUGGGUAAGAAGAAAAUAAAAUAUUUGGGAGUGAUUAUACAUAAGAAUAUGGGAAAGAUGGUGGAGAUUAAUUAUAAACAGGCAUGGAAGAAAAUUUCUAACAAUAUGGAAAAUUGGAAAAACAAAAA